AUUGUAAGCGGCUAUUGCCAUUGGCCUAAACCCCCAAAGCCCUCCUGCCCUUUUCUGGUUCCUCUCGCACUCUCACUUGCAGUUGAAUACACAAAAAUGGCAGGCGUGAAGCUCCUCCUGUCUCAAGCUCGCCGCCUCUCCCUCGCCCAAUACUCCUCUUCUCCAUUCCGCACUCUGCAAAGAUCCCUCUCUUCCUCUUCUUCCUCAAAUCCUCCCCAUCCCCAUGCAGACUCAGAAUCCUCUUUCAACAAACACUCCCAAGCAGUCCCCAUUCAGCCUGUCUCCUACGCCCCCAAACCCAAAGACCCCACGCCCCCUCACCCACAGCAACACGAACAACAACAAACACAACCAGACCAAACCCCUCAACGGCAACCCCCACCCCCAAGGCCAACCCCUGAAGGGCCUCGACCCAUCUGGAGCCGGGACGAUCUCCGCUAUGUCAAAGAUGUACCAAACAUUUCACCCGUGUCGUAUCCUGCACGCGUGGCGCCACUCCCCGAGGAUCGCCUCGGGGUGUCUGAAGAAGAUGGGGAGGUGAAGAAAGAAGAGAGCGAGGAGGCGGAGCGAGAGAGUAGAAGAAUGGAGGCGGAGAGUCGAAUGAGGAGGAGACCUAUCAGGAUUGCGGCUGAGGAGGAGAAAGUUGUGAUUCCCUUUCCUAUGUUGAUUAAGCCUGAGAAGAAGAACGAGAAGCGGCCCGUUCUUGAAUUGAUGGACGCCAUUAGGGAAGUCAAGGCUAAUGCCAAGGCGAAGUUUGACGAGACUAUUGAAGCACAUGUACGGUUGGGUAUUGACCAAAAGCGAUCUGAGUUGAUUGUCCGCGGUACAAUGGCACUGCCUCAUGGUUCUAAGAAGGAAGUUAGGGUGGCUUUCUUUGCUGAAGGAGCAGAUGCCGAUGAAGCUAGGGCUGCUGGAGCUGAUAUUGUUGGUGGUACUGAACUUAUCGAAGAAAUUGCAAGCACUGGCAAGAUUGAUUUUGACCGAUGUUACUCAACCCAUAAAUUCAUGACCCGUCUUUAUAAGAUAUCAAAGAUUCUGAAUCAGCAUGGUCUGAUGCCAAACCCUAAACAAGGUACUGUAACCAAAGAUGUUACGAAGGCAAUAAAAGAAGCAAAACAGGGUCAACUAAAAUUCAGAAUGGACAAAACAUCAAUUGUGCAUGUGGGGGUUGGAAAGGUGAGCUUGUCAGAGGAGUUUUUGCGUGACAAUGUUGGUGCAUUUAUGAAUGCUCUUUUGCAAGCAAAGCCAGCAGGCCUAAAGAAGACUUCCAAGUACGCUGGGUAUGUGAACUCCUUCCAUAUUUGCAGCACGAUGGGUCCAGGUUUUCGUGUUUCCAUACAGUCGUUGUCCAGAGCAGCAGAUCACUAUAACAAAGCGUAUCUUAAUGCCUAAGCGAGUCAUUUGUCCAAAGUAGCAGAUCACUACAGGGAAGUGUAUUUUAAUGCCCCUUUGCAAUUAAAGUCAUUCAUCGAAAAGCUUUCACGCCUCCUCGAGGUUAAAAAGGGUGUGCAUCUAACACCAAGAUGUUGGUAUAGGAUGAUGAAUGGUCAGAAUCUGGCUAGAAUGUUUUUUUCUUAUUUAAAUAUGCUGCUAGUAAAAUCAGCUUUAGAUCUUCCCCUAACGGUGUAUCCCAAGUUCAGUGCUUUUUUUUUAUUAUUAUUAUUUUCUUUUCUUGAACAUGCAUUCAGCGGGCGGAAAACGAUAACGCUCAGUAUUUCAUCAUGCUGAUUUUUGAUUGAGUCAAGCUUCAUGAUAAAGGUUGUUAACCGGAACAUGCUGAUUUUUGAUGAGUCAAGCUUUAUUAUAAUGAAGACUCCGAACCGGGAAUCUCUACCUUUGCAAAUUAUUCAUUCAAGUUCCAGUGA